GGUCUUCUUCCCUCUCCCUGGCUCUUCCUCCCCAGACCCUCCCCACCCCUCCCCCUUCCCUCCUCCGGUUCCAGUCUUUGAGGCCGCGGGAGUGUGAGAGGCUAUGGAGUAAGCCGGCGGCUGCGGCCCGGCGCCAAGGCUGAGCAGGAGCAGCCAGGAGGCGUUUGGAGGGGCGGGGGAAACAAGCCCCAGCACCGCCCCUCCAGGGGGGUAGAAGGGAAAGAGGAUACUGUAACUACCCAGGAUUGCAGCCAUGGAGUCCAUGCUUAAUAAGUUGAAGAGUACUGUUACAAAAGUAACAGCUGACGUCACCAGUGCUGUGAUGGGAAAUCCUGUCACUAGAGAAUUCGAUGUUGGUCGACAUAUUGCCAGUGGUGGCAAUGGGCUAGCUUGGAAGAUUUUUAAUGGCACAAAGAAGUCAACAAAGCAAGAAGUGGCUGUUUUUGUCUUUGAUAAAAAGUUGAUUGACAAAUAUCAAAAAUUUGAAAAGGAUCAAAUCAUCGAUUCUCUAAAACGAGGAGUCCAACAGUUAACUCGACUACGACACCCUCGACUUCUUACUGUUCAGCAUCCUUUAGAAGAAUCCAGGGAUUGCUUGGCGUUUUGUACAGAACCAGUUUUUGCCAGUUUAGCCAAUAUUCUGGGUAACUGGGAAAAUCUACCAUCCCCUGUAUCUCCAGACAUUAAGGAUUAUAAACUUUAUGAUGUAGAAACCAAAUAUGGUUUGCUUCAGGUUUCUGAAGGAUUGUCAUUUUUGCAUAGCAGUGUGAAAAUGGUUCAUGGAAAUGUUACACCUGAAAAUAUAAUAUUAAAUAAAAGUGGAGCCUGGAAAAUAAUGGGCUUUGAUUUUUGUGUAUCAUCAACCAAUCCUUCUGAACAAGAGCCUAAGUUUCCAUGUAAAGAAUGGGACCCAAAUUUACCAUCAUUGUGUCUUCCAAAUCCUGAAUAUUUGGCUCCUGAAUACAUACUUUCUGUGAGCUGUGAAACAGCUAGUGAUAUGUACUCCUUAGGAACUGUCAUGUAUGCCGUAUUUAAUAAAGGGAAACCUAUAUUUGAGGUUAACAAGCAAGAUAUUUACAAGAGUUUCAGUAGACAAUUGGAUCAGUUGAGUCGUUUAGGAUCUAGUUCACUUACAAAUAUACCUGAGGAAGUCCGUGAACAUGUCAAACUACUAUUAAAUGUAACUCCAACUGUAAGACCAGAUGCAGAUCAAAUGACAAAGAUUCCCUUCUUUGAUGAUGUUGGUGCGGUAACACUGCAGUAUUUUGAUACCUUAUUCCAAAGAGAUAACCUUCAGAAAUCACAGUUUUUCAAGGGACUGCCGAAGGUUCUACCAAAACUGCCCAAGCGUGUCAUUGUGCAGAGAAUUUUGCCUUGUUUGACUUCAGAGUUUGUAAACCCUGACAUGGUACCUUUUGUUUUGCCCAAUGUUCUACUCAUUGCCGAAGAAUGUACCAAAGAGGAAUAUGUCAAGUUAAUUCUACCUGAACUUGGCCCUGUCUUUAAGCAGCAGGAGCCAAUCCAGAUUUUGUUAAUUUUCCUCCAAAAAAUGGAUUUGCUAUUAACCAAAACUCCUCCUGAUGAGAUAAAGAACAGUGUCCUGCCAAUGGUUUACAGAGCCCUAGAGGCACCUUCCAUUCAGAUCCAGGAACUCUGUCUGAACAUCAUUCCAACCUUUGCAAAUCUUAUAGACUAUCCAUCCAUGAAAAAUGCUUUGAUACCAAGAAUUAAAAAUGCAUGUCUGCAAACGUCUUCCCUUGCUGUUCGUGUAAAUUCAUUAGUGUGCUUAGGAAAGAUUUUGGAAUACUUGGAUAAGUGGUUUGUGCUUGAUGAUAUUCUGCCCUUCUUACAACAAAUUCCAUCCAAAGAACCUGCGGUCCUCAUGGGAAUUUUAGGUAUUUACAAAUGUACUUUUACUCAUAAGAAGUUGGGAAUUACCAAAGAGCAGCUGGCGGGAAAAGUAUUGCCUCAUCUCAUUCCCCUGAGUAUUGAAAACAAUCUUAAUCUCAAUCAGUUCAAUUCUUUCAUUUCCGUCAUAAAAGAGAUGCUUAAUAGAUUGGAAUCUGAACAUAAGACUAAACUGGAGCAACUUCAUAUAAUGCAAGAACAGCAGAAAUCUUUGGAUAUAGGAAAUCAAAUGAAUGCUUCUGAGGAGACAAAAGUUACAAAUGUUGGGUCUCAGCAGAUUGACAAAGUCUUUAACAACAUUGGAACAGACCUUUUGACUGGUGGUGAAUCAGAAAAUAAAGAGGAUGGGUUACAGAAUAAACAUAAAAGAGCAUCACUUACACUUGAAGAAAAACAAAAAUUAGCAAAAGAACAGGAGCAGGCACAGAAGUUGAAAAGCCAGCAGCCUCUUAAACCACAAGUGCACACACCUAUUGCUCCAGUCAAACAGACUAAGGACCUGACAGACACAUUGAUGGAUAAUAUGUCAUCUUUGACCAAUCUUUCUGUUAGUACCCCUAAAAUUUCUUCUUCAAGUACCUUCACUUCUGUUCCUUCCACGGGCCUUGGCAUGAUGUUUUCUACACCAAUCGAUAACACAAAGAGAAAUUUAACCAAUGGCCUAAAUGCUAACAUGGGCUUUCAGACUUCAGGAUUCAACAUGCCGGUUAAUACAAAUCAGAACUUCUUCAGUGGUCCAAGCACACCUGGAGUGACCAAGAUGACAUUGGGAGGAACACCUUCCACUUUGCCAAACUUCAAUGCUGUGAGUGUUCCUCCCGCUGGUGCGAAGCAGACUCAACAGAGACCCACAGAUAUGUCUGCUCUUAACAAUCUCUUUGGCCCUCAGAAACCCAAAGUUAGCAUGAACCAGUUAUCACAACAGAAACCAAAUCAGUGGCUUAAUCAGUUUGUACCUCCUCAAGGGUCUCCAGGUAUGGGCAGUUCGGUGAUGGGAACACCGAUGAACACGAUAGGACAGUCUGCCUUCGGUAUGCAGGCUAAUCCUUUCUUUAACCCACAGAACUUUGCACAGCCACCGACUACUAUGACCAAUAGCAGUUCAGCUAGCAAUGAUUUAAAAGAUCUUUUUGGGUGAGGUGUCUUGCUCCUAUUUUUGAAGGAUCACUUCAGUUUUAAUCAUGGGUGAGCUGAUUUACGUAUUUAUACAGUUGGCUUGGAGGAACUACUUCCAUGGGAAAGUGAAUCGUUCUAUGGCAGGAAAAAGCCUGUUUUCAUGCCAGCAUAAUAGUUGUUUGGACUCCUACCAGUUGAGGUUUUUAAAGCUUUGAGGAUUUUUUUUUCCUCUUACCAACUCCUCUUCAGGUUUUUAAAAGACCCAACCCAUAUCAGUCUCAAUGAGAAAAAAAGAUACCUGAGUAUCCUCAAUAGCAGAAUUUUUAAAUCAAAUGUUUAUUUUGCUUGUAAAUCUUGGUGUUAAUUAAAAAUUGAGUUGAUGGUAAUUGCAAGUUUCAUCUAUUAAAUAAUACAUGGUACACAAUCUGUCUUCACAGGUCAUUAGUCCUCCUUUUAAUAUGUGAAAAAUCUUGAUGCUGUAUUGAUUUGUUUGCAUUUAAUGUGACUGAGUGAGAAAAGGAUAAACAUAAUGAAAAGGAUCAGGUCGUUUGCUUUUUCCAAUCUUAAUACUUCUCAGAUGAGCUAAUGUUUAGUAGAAAAGACUGAGCAAAUACUGCAAAAUUUAACCUUGAUUUCAUUGGUUUAAGCUACAGGCAUCAUUAACCAUCAUAAAUGCAAACUAAUCAUUGUAAAUUAUAUUUUAGCAUGGUCUGCCUCAAAUAGUAAUGUAUUUUUCUGCAUUUACUUGGGUAUGUUUAGAAUCAUUUUUUUCCUAUUGUAUCACAGACAGAAGAGGUAUGUACUGAUUUGUACAGAUAUUUGACAAAGCCACUGAUGUCCUUUCCCUGACUACUGCCUUCAUAUUUCAUUUUGAGUUCAAACUUCUGAGGUUGCAGCAUAGAUGAAUUGCAUUUUCAAAAGGAGAUUUGUAAGAAUUAAACUAUAUUUAAUGAGUAAACUUUUGAGAUUUCUGCUGUAUUGUUUCAAAUGUAAUAAACUUUACCUCUGUAAAAAUGAGCACUUGUAUCUUCUGGUUACCAACAGAUUACUUUUCAUCUUGUUAUGAUAAAGUCUGACUUCAUCAAUUACUGCAUCUGAAAUUUAAUUCUUUUCUAGGAAUUUCAGGACCUUUCAUUCAUACAUUUCCAUGUCUGUAAUUAGCCAUUUUUAGGAAGGAAAGAAUAAAUUCUUCUAACAGGGAACAUGCUUUCUUCUUCGAAGCCUUUCUCUGAGACUCCUCUUUGAUUUGUUGAUUAGCCAGCCACGGAGUCUUUAUGCUAUAAAUGUCAUUGUAUUUUAUUAAAUUAUAUUCCAUCAUUACAUUAUAACUUUAAAUUGAUCUUUCAGAGAGAAUUAUAUAUAAUUGCUACCAUAUUUUGUGGUUCUUAAUUAUCUGAAACCAGCAGUCAUUUAAAAGAAAUCGUACAAAGUUUAGUGUGCUGACACUAUAUUUAUUCAUUGAAAAAUUUAUAUACACACAGGGCUCAUACAGUACUUGAUUAUAAAAUGUAAUUUGGUUUUAAUAUUGCUGGCAACAUUCAGUUAGAGGAUACUUUAAAAAAUAAAAAAUCAUCUUUCUGUUUGGGUUCUGUUUGACCUAUACUUUGUUAUAUAAUUUUAGUAAAAGGACUCAUAGGAAUGCUGACAAAACUUACGCAAGAAAUGAAAAGUACUAGGAAGAUCAAAUAUUUUUGGCAAAUAUACUCAUACCUUGACCAGAUUAUCUGUCUUGUUUGUAAACAGUGUCUAUCUUGAGAAAAGUUUACAUGUGGAAUAAAAUUGCUUAAUGUUGAAGAAUUUUCCUUUGUAACAAUUCUAGUCACUGUUCAUUAGGAAAUCGCUUUUUAUUCUGUAAAGUAACUUGUGGUGAACUCCUAAGCAGAAGGAAAACUUAAUAUAACAAUUUAUAUAAUUUGAACUUCUAAAUAUAGAUUAUUUGAAAAAUAUGUGUAAUUCUUAGGUAAUUUUCAAAUCUUGAUAUUUGCUUAUUCAUUGAGGUAAUGGUGCUACAUUUUAAGAAAAAUUUCUACAUUGUUCCUACUUUCUUGAAGGUGUUUUGUUUAAAUCAUUUCUAUCAGUUGAACUGUUACGACUGCCUUUUUCUGUUGCGAAAUUGCCUCUUAAAAUAGUGCUAUUUUUAGGCUUAUAUUUCUCUGUGAACAAAAUUUUCAAAGUACGAGAUCACCUUAAAGUUAUUUUAGAUAUUGACAGCAUUUGAAUCCCUUGUGCUUAGAGUAGAAAAUUGGUAGGUUAAAAAGCCCAUGUAGACAAAAAAUACAAGACAGAUUCCCUUUUAUUUGAAUUGUUUCUUUAUUCUCCUAAUGCUAAAGUGUGAAAUAUGUAGAGGAUGCACAAAAGGAAAUGAAAAUAGACUUUGUACUUGGCUGGGGUUUAUUUGUUUUGUUUUUAUUUUGGAGCACUUAUAACCCUUCUUUUCACCUGAAUAAGUUAAGGAAGUAGGAGAUUUUUUUUUUUUUUAAACCUGUAAAAAUACCUCACAUGAUUGCUUUUACAUAUUAAAGGAAAAGGUAUAUGUGAAAGUACCUGAGAGCAAGCACAGGGUAUGCACCAAAUAAAUUUCAGCUUUGAUAAAACUUUA